AUGACUCUUCGGCCCUUUUCCUUUAUUUUGAGUCUAUGCAAAUCACUUCUUCGGCGAGAUGGAAGAAGCGGCGCAGAGAAGAAGAAGAAGAAGAAGAAGCACAAGAACAAGCGAGCCUUUUUUGCCUUUUGA